CACAAUGGUAAUUAGAAAUGCAUUGUGCCCUACAAUGCGCAAAUGAAUUGGAUUAAGAUUUAUUAUGAGAGUCUAUUCGGUUUUGGAGGUAAACUUGUUAAAUUUCGUCUGUUUAAAACUGGCAAAAUAACUGCUUCCUAUUCUCUCCCAUAUCCCUCCGAAGCGGCUUUGUUUUUUCUCAUCAUAGCGAAUGUGUUCUGCCGACCUUGCGCUUUGAGGAACCCGCAGUUUGCAUUAAAACAUCUCGGUGGAGAAACAAGAAAUGGAGGCUCAUGCUUCAGCCAACCAGCUUCCACCUAAAAAUGGGCCGCAGUCUAAUCAAAGGAGAAAUGCCAGGAGAAAGCAGCUGCAGCAUUCUGCUGAUAUAGUAUUUACCAAAGGGACAUCUAUCCAGACCAUUCCCUCUCUUAGCAAACUCUUGAAAGGGGUAACAGAGUGUGUCAUUGGUCUUCAGUAUGUGUGGGAGUACCGCAGCCCCAGUAAAUCUGUCCCACCACACUAUCAGUGCAAACUCUGUGCCGUCUCCCGCUUGCAGCAUGAUAUGCUUGCCCACGUGAAAGGCUGGAAACACAGCUUCAAAUACCUGAAAAAGGUCCACCCUAACAAGGUCACCAAUGACGAGGAAGAGGCCAUCAGAGACCCUGCUGUAAGGAAGAAAAUUAAAGAAGUUUCAGCUGAGGUGGAGAAGACUGAGGGGAGGGGACAACUUAAGGUGAUUCUGAAGGAGCCCUGCGAAGUACUAGCUUUCAAAGGACUCCGUUCUGCUGCUCCUAAAGUUUUGCCUACACCAGGACCAGGGAUGGGACUAAAGGGACCACCCUUUGGUCUCUCAGGUCCCAAGUUCUCUGACCAGAGGUUUCUAGGGGAGUUUCCUCCUCAGAAUGGUCCUCUCUCUAACUAUCCAGUGGGAGACUACGGGGAGUCCGGCUUCGGAGGCUACGAUUACUCGACCAGGCAAGAUUUCCUUGACUCUGGUAUGGAUCGAAGACCUUUCCCAGAUGGUAUGGGUAAUCGCCCAGCUGGGAUUGGAGAUGGUUUUGGAUCAGGUGGUGGAAGAGAUGGCUAUGGAAGGAGUGGAUUACUGGAUGACAACCCAGGCAGAAUGUAUCCUGAUGAGUACCGGAGCAGCCAAAUGGGGAGUAGCUUAAUGGACAAGCCACUGGAGAGGCCAGGCUUGAUGGGAGCAGCUCCAGAAAGUAGCAGCCUUCCUAACACACUACUUACUUACCUGGAUACUUUCCGGAUAGAGAGCGAGAGUGACGCACAGCUUGUGCUGAAGGUGACACAGAAACUUACAGAUGUGCUGAUGGAGUACAGACUGAGGAGUGUAUCGACAGGUUCUAGUCUGAACAGCUUGUCAAUGAGCUCCACAGGCUUCUCCUCUACAACGCCCAGAUUGCUAAGCAGCAGUGACCGAUACUCAAGUAGUCCGUCAGGUCCCUCCAGGUAUUACAAAUGACAAUCGCAAGAUGUGACAGCUCAAUCUUGUCAUCCCUGUGUGCAUCAGUCAUGACUGUGCAGGAGUUGAAAACUUUGAUUUUGUGUAAAUGUAUAUGGUUUUAGACAGUUUUUUGUUACUUAGUAGUCUUCUUUUUUAUGUUAAAUUUCUUUAGAAUAUGAGAAGAUUUAUAACUUUGAAGGUUUUACACAAUUACUUGUGCAUGUUUUCAGCAGCUUUACCUGAACAUGAGUGUAUGGCCAUUGUUAAUUUCCCAAGGCCCUGUUCUAUUAAAAGUAAUGAAAUUGA